GUUUAUGAUGAAAAGUGGGGUCUGCUGUCUGGUGAUUAUGGCUGGCAGACCGGUUAUGUGCAUUGUAUUUCUAGCGCCUGUGUUGUAAAUAAAAUAAAAAUAAAAAUAAAAUAAGUAAAUCAGACGCAAAAGAGGAUCUUCGCGCGGGGAACAAAACGCAGCAUGUGAAAGUGGACUUUUUUUUUUAUUCAUAUCUCGGAUUCCUCGCAGUCUCUGUCUCGACCUCUUCACAUUCUCCUCGUUCUAUUGUUCACCAUGCAGUCCCCUCACGGAUCAAAGCCGAGCGCUGCAAAGUCAUCCAGACCACUGACCUCGAGCGUGCUCUUUCCCGAAAUCGAGAAGCGAUUCAAAGAGAACCCGUCCGAGACCGCGUCGCUGCAGGGCCUCUUUAUCUUUUCUAUCCUGCGCCAGCGCCAGAUUGUGGACGAGUGGUCGAUCCUAUUUCCCGGUGCGGGGAGCAGAUCGCUGCCUGAGGUUCAUCACCAGGCGAUCCCGUCCGGGCUGGCAGAGAAGGCAAAGAAGCGUCUGUCGACCGUCGUCAUCGAACUCGAUGAUCGGGAUCUGGUCAAGUACAUCACCGGUAGUCUUACGGGGCUUAAAGGUGUUACUUCAGGUCGGAUCCAUAUUGCGGGUGACAUUGAUCUCGCGCUGAAGCUCGAGGAUAUGUUUUUGAAGGUGGGCGGGAUUCAGCAGACCCUCGCGUUCUUGAGAGAGAGGCAGAGCAAGCUCUGAAACAGCCGUUAUUAUUCCCUUUACGUUUGUGAUGAUACUA